AUGGACCCAAAAGCCGUGAAAUCGGAGCUCGUCCUGAUUCUCGAUUAUGGCUCCCAAUACACCCACCUCAUCACCCGCCGAAUUCGAUCCCUCUCCGCCUUCUCCCUCUGCAUCUCCGGCACUAGCUCUCUCAAAUCCAUCACCGACCUCAACCCUAAGGUCGUCAUCCUCUCCGGCGGGCCCCACUCGGUCCACACCCCAGACUCGCCGAGCUUCCCUGCCGGAUUCGUCGAGUGGGCCGAGGCCAAUGGAGUCUUUGUCCUCGGUGUGUGCUAUGGGCUUCAGCUGAUAGUGCAGAGGCUUGGCGGGGAAGUUAGGGUUGGGGAGAAGCAGGAGUAUGGGAGGAUGGAGAUUGAGGUGGAGAUAAAUUCUGGACUUUUUGGGUCCAAGAAAGUUGGGGAUAAGCAGGUGGUUUGGAUGAGCCAUGGCGAUGAGGUGGCGAAACUGCCUGAUGGUUUCGAGGUCGUGGCUCGGAGCCAGCAGGGAUCGGUGGCUGCAAUUGAAAGUCCGAUUAGGAGGUUCUAUGGGUUGCAAUACCACCCGGAGGUGACACAUUCGCCGGAAGGGAUGGAGACACUUCGAUACUUUUUAUUUGAUAUUUGUAAAGUCAGUGCAGGGUGGAGUAUGGAAAACGUAUUGGAUGAAGAAAUAAAAGUGAUUAAAAGCACGGUAGGGACUGAAGAUCAUGUCAUAUGCGCGUUAUCAGGAGGUGUCGAUUCCACAGUUGCAGCAACUCUUGUUCACAAGGCAAUUGGCGAUAGGCUUCAUUGUAUCUUUGUUGACAAUGGUUUAUUGAGAUAUAAGGAGAGAGAACGUGUAAUGGAAACCUUUGAAAGAGAUCUUCAUUUGCCUGUUACUUGUGUGGAUGCCACUGAUAAAUUUCUUAGUGAGCUUAAAGGUGUUGUUGAUCCUGAGAAGAAAAGGAAAAUAAUUGGAAAGGAGUUCAUUAGCAUUUUUGAUGCUUUUGCACAUGAUUUGGAGGAAAAAUUAGGGAGGAAACCUUCUUACUUGGUCCAAGGGACUCUGUAUCCAGAUGUGAUUGAAUCUUGCCCACCACCUGGAAGUGGAAGGACGCACUCCCACACAAUCAAGAGCCAUCAUAAUGUUGGUGGGCUUCCCAAGGACAUGAAAUUAAAGCUCAUUGAGCCUCUUAAGCUCCUAUUCAAGGAUGAGGUUCGGCAAUUAGGGAGGAUCUUGGAUGUCCCCCAGGGAUUUCUAAAGCGCCAUCCAUUUCCUGGGCCUGGCCUUGCAGUACGAGUCUUGGGUGAUGUAACUACAGGCAAUGCCUUGGAUGUCCUCCGCCAAGUUGAUGAGAUAUUCAUACAAUCAAUCAAAGAUGCUGGGUUGUAUGAUGAAAUCUGGCAAGCAUUUGCAGUGUUUUUGCCUGUAAGGUCAGUUGGGGUUCAGGGCGAUCAAAGAACACAUUCUCAUGUUGUUGCUCUCAGAGCUGUUACAAGUCAAGAUGGGAUGACAGCUGAUUGGUACUAUUUCGAACAUAAGUUCCUUGAUGAUGUAUCACGAAAGAUCUGCAAUAGCGUACGGGGUGUAAACCGAGUAGUUCAAGACAUUACGUCAAAGCCUCCCUCCACAAUUGAGUGGGAAUGA